AUUUGACAUAUGUGUAGGCUGUUGCCAAACCACAAAAACAAACCCCUUUCUUACUUUAGGACAUCUGAUUGGCCAGACUUCUCUGUGAAGAGUGGAGAACAUACAGACAUGCAUUCAUUCAUCAUAGCAUUUGAAGCACGAUGACACCUCCAAUCUUUGCUUUGUAUUUCACAUGUCUGUUUGUGGCGAAUAUCGCUCAUGUGAAGACUUUAAAAGAAUCAUCAUUAUAUUUUCAAUCAGCUAAUGUUGGAGAAAAUGUGACUUUGCCAUGCUCCUGUGAAGAAAAGUCAGCAGUGAUGUUUUACUGGCAUAAGCAAACUCUGGGACAGAAACCAAAGCUGAUUUCCACAUUCUAUAGGCAUAAUAAUAACGAUGCCUUUCAUGAUGAAUUUAACAACAAUCAGCGUUUCUCACUGAAUACUGAAAACCUUAAGUUUGACUUAGAAAUUUCAGAUCUGCAAAUUUCAGACUCAGCUACUUACUACUGUGUAGGGAGCAAUUUGUAUGACUUUGAGUUUUGCAAUGGCACAACUGUCAGUGUAGAGGGUUCAGGUUUCAACGUCCCAGUUUUGGUCCAUCAGUCAGUGUCCAGCCAGCCAGGAGGCUCUGUGACUCUGAACUGUACAGUCCACACUGGGACCUGUGAUGGAGAACACAGUGUUUACUGGUUCAAGAGCUCUGAAGACUCUCAUCCAGGACUCAUUUACACCCAUGGAGGCAGGAAUGAUCAGUGUGAGAGGAACACACAGUCACACAGCUGUGUCUACAACCUGCCAAUGAAGAGCCUGAAUCCUUCUAAUAAUGGGACCUACUACUGUGCUGUUGCAUCAUGUGGACACAUACUGUUUGGAAAUGAGACCAAGCAGGAGUUUGAGGAUGAGGUGGACCCUUCUGUCUUGGUGUAUUUCUUGAGUGGAGCUUUGACAUUCAUGACGAUCCUGGUUGUUUUACUGGCUCUCUCAGUGUACAAGGUGAACCAAAGACACUCCCAGUGUACAGCGACUUCAAAUCCGAAUACAGCAUUAUUUGAAGACGCAGACAACCUUCACUACGCUGCCUUAAGGGGUCAUAACAGCAACAGACCAAGAAGACAGAGAGACAGCACCGACACUGAAUGUGUGUACUCGAGUGUAAAGCAGUAGAGCUGGACAUGUUUCUGUGCUUUGUUUCUUCGUACCAAGAUAUAUGUUUAAAAAAAUAGAAUUUUCAAGAAAUGUAACAAAUAUAAAGGCUUUUCUUGCAAUUAACUUCGCUGCUCCAGUUCGUUUCCAGUCUGUUUCUUAUUGUACCAUUUGCCGGUUGGGUUAGCUACUCUGACAGUUCCCACCCUUCUAUCCAGCCCUGCAUCAUUGA